AUGAAAGACGAGAUGAAUACAGCUACCCACGAGGAGAUCACCAACGGGACUACAAGGAACCUCUUAAGUGAGGGCAAUUCCCUAAAGGGGGUUACCAUGCCACCUGAUGUUUUCGAGAAGCUGUACCUGUCGCCCCCUCCAAGGGCCAUCAAAGGGGUCUCGCGACCGAAGCUUGGCAACCCUACACCGAUCCCUGCGUAUUGUUUCUACGGCGGGGUUCUCAUGCUCGUCAGCUCCAUCCUCGAAUUCAUCCUCGGAAACACAUUUCCUGCGGUAGUAUUCGCAUCGUUUAGCGCUUUCUGGCUUACUUUUGGCGGUACACUGCUCCCUCAGUUCUAUGCCUAUGCGUCCUACGCGCCAGUUGGUGCAGCCAGUCCGGCUGAGGGAUUGGAGGUACCUUCUUUCAGUUCUGGGUUCGGUUUUUUCACCCUCUCCAUCGGAAUGCUCUGUUUCGUAUACCUCAUCUGCUCGAUCCGAACAAACAUCGUUUUCGUCAUUAUCUUCCUAACCCUGGUCCUCGGGUUCGGAUUCAUCACCGGCGCGUAUUGGGCGCUGGCUGCGGACUACACAGCAAACGCAGCGUUUGCCGGGAAGUUGCUUACGGCCUCCGGCGCCUCCUUCUUUGUUACCACUGCGUGCGGUUGGUGGAUCUUCAUGGCGUCGAUGCUCGAGUCGGUCGACUUCCCGUUUUCUCUCCCGGUUGGAGACUUAAGCACAAGGGUUCCGGGGUCGCGCGUGGUAGCAGACAUGGAAGCUUAA